AUGAUGUCUAGUAGACUCAACCGAAACUUGUCCUCCUCCCAUGAGAGGUCCCGAUCGAGAGAGAGGAGAAGAAGGAAGUUACAAGCAGAAUGCAUAAAAAAAGCGGGAGGAUUUAAAAAACUGGCAGACAUGGAAGGGCACGAAACAACGAGCGUCUUCUGGGAUGGGUUCCAAUGGGUAGCCAAAACGAACCAGUCAUGUACCACCCACUUAGAUCCUGCCGUGAUGAAUUCUACGAGGAAGUUGAGGCGACUUUACUUUGGUAAUCUGCCCCUCCAUCUAGGGUUAACAGAAAAUGAUUUCCAAGAAAGCGUCUGGGAUGAAAUGAAGAAAAGGAAGUUUUGUAACGACGAAAAGAUUAACCCCGUUCUGUAUGUUUGGUUUGCCAAGGAUAAGGGCAACUAUGGGUUCGUUGAGUUUUCUACUGUAGAAGAAACGGAGAGGGCCUUGACGAUGGACGGCAUGCUCUGCAAGGGGGUCGCUCUGAAGGUCUCCAGGCCCAACGACUACUCCACCAACACGGUCAAGCACAACCAGCCGGCGCUCCUCCAGGGCGUGGCCCUGGCCAGCGGUGUUAGCGGUGUUAGCGGCGUUGGCGGUGUUAGCGGUGUUAGCGGUGUUAGCGGCAUGGUUAGCGGCAUGGUUAGCGGCGUGGUUAGCGGCGUGGUUAGCGGUAUUGGCGGCGUUGGCGGCGUUGGCGGCGUUGUUGGAGUGCACGGCAAGCCGCCCCCCCCGCCGGGGGCACCCCCCCCAUCCGUGCUGAGGGAGCCAGUCGACCCUGCGCACGAUCAAAGUGACCUCGAGACCAAGUACCUGCGCGUCCUAGAAAUCGUCUCCGAAGAAUCAGUCAGAAACGAAGAUCCUUCGGCUCUUCUGGAGGACAUCAAGGAAGGCUUCCACUCCCAGGGAAUUAUAAUAGAGGCCAUCUUAAUAACCCCCAAGUAUGCUCAGCUGACUCCCUUCAGCAUUGGAGAUGUGCUGAUCGAAUUUGAAAGCGCUUCCUCUGUCGACAGCAGCAUUGCAAAUAUGUCCAACCGCAAGUAUGAGGGCAGGGUCAUUCGAAUGGCCAAGCUGGACCAGGCCACGUACGACCAGCACGUCAGGCCCAUCAUCCGGGACCUCUACGAGCAAAAUGGGAUCUAG